AUGUCGCUCCCGUCUCUCUCCUCGCGCGAGUACCUGGAGAGGCUCCCAGGGACCACCUUCAGAAGGCUCUACCAGCAGCCCUCUACAGCUCUAGCCAUCUUCAGGCGCAUGCUCCCUCACCUGGCAAAGACAUUCGCCAUGGCUCUCCUAUACAUGACCAAGCCCCUUCCCCUGGCUGACCUUGAUCUUUGGGUUCGCCCAGGGAGCAAGCGACAAAGAGACGAAGCCCUAUCGCUAUUAAAUCGACUUCACAUGGUUACCAUAACCGCGCCGAGUAGAGACGAUCCUCAGGCUGUGUCCUUAACGAAAGCCUUUAGCUCCUCCCUUCGACUUGCGCUUACUGGAGGCGGUGAUCAUCAAUCCUUUGGAGUACCUGCCAAUGACCUAGAAACCGCCAACGUGGACGUUCAAUUCCUAGACGAUUUUGCAAGAGCACAGUGGGAAGGUAUACUGCAUUAUAUCGUGAGCAAUGUUGGCGACGGCAUGCGGCAGGCGGGUGAAGGUCCUACUGCUGGUGUAAAGCAGUUGCUCGAAGCCGGGCAUAUGGUCACACGGCAAAAACGUUCAGGCGGUGGCAUAACACAAGCUGGGUUCUCUUUUCUAUUGCAGGAGGUAAACGCGCAAGUGUGGACCCUUCUUCUGCUUUGGAUUGAGAACGCCGAGAAGAUGGGCAUGGAUUCGGUCGAAGUUCUUUCCUUUCUUUUUAUGCUCGGUUCUCUCGAGCUUGGCCGUGCGUAUAGCACUACCAUCCUUACGGCAUCUCAGAAAGAAAUGCUUACACACUUGGUGGACUUCGGGCUGGCGUAUAUUCCUCCUUCAACACCGAACCAAUUCUUCCCGACGCGCCUAGCUACCACCCUCACCUCGGAUGCCAGCGCUCUGCGGAGUGUAGCUGCUGGCUUUGAUAACGCACUUUCCGCAGGGGCCGGCACGGCGGGCUUCAUAAUUAUCGAAACUAACUAUCGCCUUUACGCUUAUACCUCAUCCCCCUUGCAAAUCGCCGUCCUGUCUUUAUUCACGAAACUGACUACCCGAUACCCAAAUAUGGUAUCUGGACGCAUAACUCGAGAGUCCAUCUACCGAGCUAUCUCCCAUGGCAUUACAUCUGAGCAAGUCAUAUCUUAUCUGUCUACGCACGCGCACCCGCAGCUUCUUAAGGUUGCAACGGCAAAGGGUGCCCCUGUGCUCCCACCUACUGUUGUCGAUCAAAUACGGCUAUGGCAGAUUGAGAAUGAACGUAUGAAGGCUACGCCUGGGUUCCUCUUCAAAGACUUUGAGAGUCAGAAGGAGUAUGAUGGGUGUGUAAAAUACGCAGAUGAGAUUGGGGUCUUGGUGUGGAAAAAUGAUGGAAAGCGGAUGUUCUUCGUGAAUAGGAUGGAGCAGUUAAGAGAUUAUAUCAAGAGCAGGAAGGUCAAGUAG